GUCUGCUGCGCAAGCGCGGUAAAGUCGCAUUCCACACCCUGCUCGGCGGCAGUCUGCCUCAAACUUAGCUUUCCUUCACGGACACGGACGAAGUUUUUAUUGUUGAUUUUACUGGGGUUUUUUAGCACGCGGCAAGACGUAGACGGAGUUUUAUUGUAUCUGCAGCACGUUGUAGUGUGUUUUGUUGUCGUCACUGAAGAUGUCGAACGAAUGGCAGCAUGGGUUGUGCGGGUGUUUCGAUAACUUUGGUCUGUGUAUUAUCUCCUACUUCGUCCCGUGUUACCAGUUUGGAAGGAAUGCCGAAGCCGUGGGAGAAUCGUGUCUCAUGUGCGGUCUGCUCUUCUUGGUUCCGGUGCUAGACAUAAUAUUAGGUGCACACAUAAGAACGAAAGUUCGAGAGACUAAAGGCAUACCAGGCAGUUUCAUAGGCGACCUCGUUCUCUGGUUCUGCUGUCCGCUAUGUGCCUUAGUGCAGGAGGCGCAGGAAAUUCAAGAUAUUCGUCCAGCGGCCAUGGUGAUUUCGCGGGAAUAACAAAAUGUCGUCUGCAACUAGAUUAAGUUUCACACUCACCUGAAACUUUCGACACCAUAUGACGUGAAAAUUAUUAUGAAUGAAUUUGUUUUUCCACACAUCAGUUUGUAAACAAAUGGAAUUUUCCACGUCAAAGUUUUGAACUACAAUAUGCAACUCGAAGACAUUUUGUAUAAAGUAAUUAUGGAAAUAACAGUUUGAUCAUGAAUUUGGAUUUGCAUUAUAUAACAAAAUGACUAAAAUAUAUACAACUUUUGAAUAUGCUUUUGAAUAAAUUAUUUCUGGGAAUAUAAAGUUUAAUAUAAAAGUUGGAAGAUCGGUGAAGUACAUAGCAUGAUGGUUGAACUUGCAAUAUGACCUGACCGUUAUGGUCGAAUCUGGAAUUCAAUGUUUAUUACAGUCAAAAUAAGAAAAGGAAUUAAAGAAAAUAUCCCCUAAUUUGUAUAAGGAACUGACAUUUAUUAUGGUCCAAAAUGAAAUACAAACUAAUGGACAGAAUGGAACUGCUGUGUUUUAUAACUUUAACAUUGGGACAUUCACGUGUUUGUUGUCGAAAUUGAAAUACUCAAUCUCUGAUACAUAUAACAAAACUGGAAUAUGAAUUUAUGAUCAAAGUGGGAAUAAAAGUAGUUUGAUAUAAUCGAAAUUGGAACACGAACAUUGAUGUCUUAACGGGAAAACUACAUGUUUUGUUACGGUUGAAAUUAGUACAUGGACUUAUGGUGGUGUAAAUUGCAACAUGCACGCAUUUUGUUAUGGUUUAUAUUGGAAUAUGAACUCGUAGUGGUUUAAAAUGGAAUACGAAUUCAGCUGUCUGACAGGUUGGAAGUAUUCAAAUGGCUUUACAUGGUGCUUUUUAUAUUAAUUAUUGAAAUAUUUUGUUCUGUCUGUAUACGCACGUCUUGUUGAACGCUUGCAGGAAUCUAGCCCUACCCAGUAAGGGAUCAGUCGUGUUGAAACCAUCACAACACUUGGUGCUGUACAAAAGGCCUACAUUUACUAUUUCGUAAAGCUACCUCGGUUCUAGUUUUCACCGAUAUGCUUCUGUAUACCAGUGAAGAUAAAAUUGAUCAUGUUUAUUCUUAUUCAAAAUUUAAUAUACUUAUAAUCAAUUUUAAUAGUCGAUAUUUUGUUUCAAUGGAAACGUUAAUAUUUUGGUGUGUUGUGCACUCCCACCCUUCCACCCCCAAUAAGCGUGGAAGGGAAGUUACUCCAUAUUUGCUUGCAGAAUUAUUCCCUGGUGAAUAUGUGAAUAUGCGAAUGCUUUACUUGAUUGCAUAUACAUAUAUUGGCAACAUCUCAUUUGCUUUGGCACCAUACGACGUUCCCCGCCCCAAAGCCAUAAUAUAUGUUGUAUUAGGAGAGAAACGAGAAGGGUCGUUGUUAAUACACACUACCAGAGGUGGAAGGUCACUGAUAGCCUUUCUUGGGGAAACUACUCUGUUAAUGUCUGUCGUUCAGCUAAUUCAUGGUGGGUGAUCUCGUACCAGUGACUCGUCGACUCGCGAGCACCUACAGUUUUCCAGGGGACAUUAAAUGCAGUUUAGAGGUACUCCGUGGUUCAGGGGUUGAGCACUCCAGUAACCCCCGCACAAAACACGCCAUUUCGUCGUCCAUUAUCGAGGGAAACAGGUGAAAUUGGGGGUGGGGGUGGGUGGGGGGGGGGGUGGAGGUUGUAGAUGGGAAUACCAUUAUAUCAUACUGCAAGAGAAUUGCUCAAAAUAUUCACACCUUUGCAGCAUGGGGGCCGUAACACUGAGUUUUCAUGCCACGUACAGUUCUGAUUUAACUCGUGUUUAUGAUUGUAUCCAGCUGAUGUUCAAGCUCGCUGCCCUGAGCACUCAUCUCAAAUAUUCGUGCUGGGGUGUCGUUAAACAUCUAUUCUGUUCUAUUCUAUUCUAUUCAUUUCUAUUCAUCUCAAAUACCUGGGUUGCCUACUCACGAUACUCAUUUCAGCACACCGGCUGCGUUUACCGAUUAGCAGUAGUAGGUUACUGACGGAGAUCGAUCCCAGACCGACAGCGCAUCAAGCGAUCGCUUUACCACUGGGCGAUCGCUUUACCACUGGACUCUUUUUGACAAAGAUAAACCAGCACAAGACAGAGAUCAAUAGACAUAUGUGAUAGCCUAUCUGUCACACUUAUUCCCAGACGAGUGUCCAUCCCAGUAAUAAGUGUCAUUUAUCUUCUGUUUAUGUGUAAACGUUCGCCAAUAUGUACAUGAUACUCUAUUAACCCCUCCCCGACGUCCACCUUCCGUGUUCUUCCUACGACAGUGAUCAUACAAUUAUGCUAGUGUCAGUAUUUAGCCUGGUCUUGAUGGCGUAUCAAAAAUCGUCUCGGAGGGGAUUUAAGGGUAGAGUGAAUGUUGGAACUCAUCAAAAUCGACUGUCAAAGAAAAUGUUUUGGAUCUGAAGUACCUAUAUUUUAAAUGCAUUGUUCGUUUCAGCAUUAAGAUUUUCACGGUAAAAAUGAGUGGAAUUGUUUUAAAUAUGUGAAUACAAAGACACCCCUGCCCUCAACACGGAAAAAGCAAUAGCCCUAGGACCGCACCAGUAGGUCCAGUUUUUAUAACUCUAUGUCAGUUUGUUUGUAUGUAUGUGGUUUUUAUGCUAAUCAAUCUACUCGUAAAACUAGAUUGUAUUUUCAUACUGUAUAUAUGCCUGUCCUGCCUUAGUACUAUGAAUAAAAUAAGCCUUCUGUUA